UAAGAAGGCAGUCGGUAACUUUGAAAAGAGGUUUGUCUUAGAGUGCGGCAGCUGCGAGUCUAUCAAGGGAGAAAAGUAUCUUUGACCAUGGUGCAGCAGACAGAGCACAGCGAGACGGAGAGCAGCAUGUCGCGAGAGACCACAGAUACCGAGGAGAGCGAACUGAUGGCGUGCAGCCCGGUGCCACCAAAACCGGACUGGUGCAAGACAGCCACCGGCCACAUUAAACGACCCAUGAAUGCAUUUAUGGUGUGGUCCAAGAUCGAGAGGAGAAAAAUCAUGGAACAGUCACCGGACAUGCACAAUGCAGAGAUCUCCAAAAGACUGGGGAAGCGCUGGAAAAUGCUGAAGGACAGUGAAAAGAUUCCUUUUAUCCGCGAAGCCGAGAGGCUCCGGCUCCAACACAUGGCUGACUACCCCGACUACAAAUACAGACCCAAGAAAAAACCAAAGCUCGACACAAGUUCUUCGAAACCAGCGGUGCAGUCGCCGGAGAAGAUCGGUAAAAGUGUCAGAGCUGCAGGGAAGAAGUGCGCGAAACUCAAGCCGAGCAAACCGGGGAACAUUACCGCGAGAGCUUCUUCGCAAGAUUGCAGGUUCAACUAUGUUUUCACAAACUUAAAAGUGACCAAGUCUAUCAAAAGGGAACUAACUGACGACGAAGAUGACGACGACGACGACGACGAGGAGGAUGACUACGAGGAAGAGGAGCACGUCAGGCUGCACAACGUCCCCGCGAGCCCCACGCUGAGCUCCGCCGCGGAGUCCGAGGGCGCCAGCAUGUACGAGGAGUCCAGGCACGCAAGCGCGAUUCCCGGCAGCAGACUGUUUUACAACUUCAAGAACAUUACCAAGCAGAGCGCAGCUUACCCUGCCUCAGUGUCACCAGCAUCCUCUUUCAGGUCCGUCUCUUCUUCGUCCAGCAGCUCCAGCGAGGACUCUGAUGACUUGCUGGUGGACUUCAGUUUGAACUUAGCGGCGGGCUCUCACUCGACGGACUUGGGCAACACUUCAGGAAACCUUUGUCUCUCUCUGGUGGAUAAAGAUUUGGACUCUUUCAGCGAGGGCAGCCUCUGUUCUCACUUCGAAUUCCCGGACUAUUGCACUCCCGAGCUCAGUGAGAUGAUUGCGGGAGACUGGCUGGAGGCAAACUUUUCAGACCUGGUUUUCACUUACUAACAAACAAACUCCUCCAGAACCAAGGGGGCAUCUUGCAUCUUCAGGUUAUUUUUUGACUCUGCCUCCGUGGUUGUCCCGGUUAAGACGCCGGAUCCCGCGUUACGAGAUUUGUAACGUAGAAAAAAAAAUGACAACCUGGUCAACAUAUUGACAGGGCUGUGUGUGUAUGGCAAGCGCUUUUAACAUGUAUUCCUGAAAACUACAUAGUUUCUAUGUUUAUCUGACAAGCAGUUUUUUUUUUAUACUUGUAAGCCAUUAGUUGUUUUUUUUUUUUUUUUUCAGUUCACUGUGAAUUUUAUGUCUUUGCUGCUAGUCACUAUGCCAGUAUAACAAUCUACUAUUCCAGUAGGUACUAGUAUAGGAUAAUGACUAGUAAGAGUAAUGUGUAUAUAAAUGAUCGAUUUCUAGUGAAACUGAGAUACUAACCACUAUUGAAUCACUUAAUAGUAAUUAAAAUAAGUGCUAGUCAAAUGAAAUGGAUACCAGUUAGUUUAAAGAAAUAAAUGUUAAAGUAGCUUGCCAUAGUGUGUGGUUAUUCUGUGGGGUUGCAGUGAAACUGCUUAAACUGUGGUGGAGCGCAAAAUGUAAAAUCUGAACUAUGCAUUCCCAUCCCACCCAUAUCUCUACAGGGAGCUGGCAAACGGUUUCUGGGCCGAAUGGAGGUAAUUCUGAAACACUGUUCAGGAUGGAACUUAUUCUGAGGUCUUGUGUGAUUUUCUUUACGCCACAAAUGUUCCUUUUUUUUUGUGUGUAACCGGUUCCGUUUCCCUCCAGGUACUGGAAUAUUUAAGCAGAUAACCACUCUAGAACACACAGGUAUGGCAGGAAGCAUUUUGAUACAUGACCAACAUACCUCAUCUUUUUAAAAAAAAAAAACAAA